UAUCUUAUCGACGCAAGCCGCCGGUUUUGGUAAAAAAUUUCCACGGAAAUAAAUCGCUUUUUAUCGCUAUCUAACGGCUGAUAUCGCGUUCUAAAAUGACCGAUGUCAUUAGCCAAGGUUCUCCGGAACCGGAAACCAAUGGGGACAAGCCCGAUCAGACGCUUUCCGGCCCGAUAGUUGGAAUUAUCUAUCCCCCGCCGGAAGUGCGAAAUAUCGUCGACAAAACGGCUAGUUUCGUAGCCAGAAAUGGGCCGGAGUUCGAGAGCCGUAUCCGGCAGAACGAGUUGGGUAAUCCGAAGUUCAACUUUUUGAGUCCGGGAGAUCCGUACCAUGCGUACUACCAGCACAAGGUGCAGGAGAUUCGGGACGGGCGGAAUGAUGUGAGUUUGGCUGUGGUACCGGCAGGGAUCCAGCAGCUGAAGAGUGCUGCCAGUGUGGCGGCUCAGCAGAAGCAGCAAGAGCUGUUGAAGGCGGUGCGGGAAGAGCAGUUCGUUCCGAAGGAUCCCCCGACGGAGUUCGAGUUCAUUGCUGAUCCGCCGUCGAUCUCGGCAAUGGAUUUGGACAUCGUCAAGCUAACGGCUCAGUUUGUGGCCCGUAAUGGGCGACUGUUUUUGACAAAUUUGAUGAAUCGGGAGCAGCGAAACUAUCAGUUUGAUUUCCUGCGACCGCAGCAUUCGCUGUUCCAGUACUUUACGAAGCUGCUGGAACAGUACACGAAGAUUCUGGUACCACCGAAAGAUUUGAUGAAUAAGCUGAAGAUCGAGAGCGCCCCGGGCAGGAGCAGCAUGAAUGUAGUGCUGGAGCAGGUGAAAUAUCGUGCGAACUGGAACAAGCACCAGGAGAUGCAGCGUAGGCGAGAAGAGGAGAAAGUGGAACGGGAGCGAAUUGCCUACGCUCAGAUCGAUUGGCAUGACUUUGUGGUGGUCGAAGUGGUUGAUUACCAGCCGUAUGAGAGCGGUAAUUUCCCGCCGCCGACCACUCCGGAUGAGGUAGGGGCUCGAGUCCUGAUGGAAGAACGUCUCAAUGAGGAAGAUCACGACAUUGAGAUGCAGAUCGAGACCGACGACGAGGAGAGUGAUGAUGAUCGUCGUCCCUCGGGCAAUGCCAACAUCAAGUUGUCCAAGAUGGAGAACCGUGUCGGACAGCAGGGCGGCCGCAAGGACAACAACCAAAUUCAGGACAUGGACGAGUCGUCCUCGUCCAGCGACGAGGAGGAAGUGGAACGACCGAGCCGUGGCAAAGCCAUCCCAGCGGCACCACAACCGCCGCCGAUCGCUCCUCCCACGCACGACAAGGUCAUCGUCAAGAAGUACGACCCGAAACAGGCCCAAAAGGUGCAGAAACCGCCGGCCCCAACCGGGGACGAUUUCCUCAUCUCGCCGAUUACCGGCGAAAAGAUUCCGGCCUCGAAGGUGGCCGAACAUAUGCGCAUCGGACUGCUGGAUCCGCGCUGGGUCGAGCAGCGGGACAAGCACAUCGAAAAGGUCGCUCAGGAGAAUGUGUACGCUCCGGGGGCGGCCAUCGAGGCUAGUCUCAAACAGCUGGCUGAACGCCGUACGGAUAUUUUCGGCGUCGGUGACGAAGAAGCCGCUAUCGGUAAGAAACUGGGUGAGGAGGAAACCAAGAAGGACGAUCGCGUUACAUGGGAUGGACACACAUCCAGUGUUGAGGCGGCCACACGUGCCGCCCGGGCCAACAUUACUCUGGAGGCUCAAAUCCACCAGAUUCACAAAAGCAAGGGUCUCAUCACGGAUGAGGAAAAGGAGAAAAUCGGACCCAAACCGAUUCCCGGCACGGUGGCCGUUGCUCCACCGAAGCCGCCAGCACCGCAACCUCCGCCACAAUCCAACGCUCCGCCGCAGAUGCCGCAACCCCCGAAACCCAUGCAAGUUCCGCAACAUCCGGGUCAUCAUCCGGGAUCGGUCCAGGCUCCGCCUCCGCCACCGGUUCCGAUGAUAAUGCAGAUGGGAAUGCCCAUGAGGCCACCGCCGAUGAUGCCUCCGCCGUUCCCGGUGGGCUUCGGUGUUCCGCCCAUGCCACACGGUGUCCCCCAGAUGCCACCGGCUCCCAACAUGCCCGAAGGUGGACCGGGAGCUUCCGGCCCAGGUGGAGGAGAACCCGCUCCUCAGGAUGAACCACCCAGCAAGAAGUCCCGCACCGAGGACCAUCUGAUCGAGGAGAGCGUGUUCCUGCAGCGCCACAAGGGUCCCGUCACCAUCCAGGUGCAGUGUCCGAAUCUGACCGAGAAGAGCGAGUGGCGCCUCAGCGGGCAGACCAUUUCGAUGCAGCUGCAGCUGACCGACGCCGUUAGCGUGCUGAAGGGCAAGCUCCAGGCGGAAACCGGAAUGCCACCGGCCAAGCAGAAGAUUUUCUACGAGGGAAUGUUCUUCAAAGACAGCAACACUGUUGCGUACUACAAUUUGCUGAGCGGUGCGACGGUCCAUCUGCAGCUAAAGGAACGUGGUGGACGUAAAAAGUAAACCCACAGUUAAUUAGUGUAGAAUUAACUCUAGAUUAAAACACACACAAAAAAAGGUAAGACCGUUUGUUUCCAAAUUUUUCUGAUAAAUUUAUUUCGACUAAAGUAACAGUUUAAUUAGCGACAUUUCCUACUAUAAUGCAUCUAAAAAAAUAAGAAUCAACAUAAUAUCUACAAAAAAAAUUACAAUAAAAAAAACUUUUGUCAGUUUAUCGCGCGAUCGUGAUUAUGCUCGGCAUUAGCUCG